AAGAAGAAACUGCAUUACUUACAGGACCCUGUCUGGUCAUUUAUACUUUAUUUAUACCAAGAAUUUGACUGGCUUUUGAACUUAAUUUCUAUUGAAGCUAUUUUUUAAUUUUACUCUUUCAUUUAGAUUAUAUCCUUGAAAGAAAUUACAUAUAAGUCAUACCUGUGCUGAUUCAAAUUCUGGUUCUUUACUAGAGCAAGCUCAGACUGUUUUAAGGUCUUUAGGAUUUUACCCAUUUUAUGCAUGUAUAGCUUGUUAGUUAUUUACUUUUAGUAAUAUAAUUUCAAUCAUCUCCUGACUUACUGAAGGAAAACUGAUUUUUGCAAUAAAAAUAUAUAUAUAUAUAUCUGUAACAUUCUGUUUUCCUCCCUUUGAGCACUUCACACAAAUACACGUGUACAUGUCAGCCCACGUGUAUUACAUGGGCUAAGUAUCUAAGUGGAAUUCCUCAUAUUAAGUUGCAAUGGAAGAUUGUGUGUAUAGUACAAUAUAUAUACUAUGAAUGAAGGAGGGAACUUUUAUGUAUACAUAUCUACACCUCAGUCAAUUUUAAAAGGUCUAAGAACUCAAUUGCUUUGUUUCAAAUACUAAAACGACUCCCUUAGGAUUUAUGAGCUAAGAAUGCUUAGGGGUUUAGUGUCCUGACAUUUCUUUAAUUAGCAGUCUCCAAGAUCUCACACUAAGAAGAUGCUAAGCCAGUGCCUUCUGUCAUAUCUCAAGAGUUUCAGAAGGCUUGGAAGUCACAGAGGAAGCAAUUCCUCUACGCCUGACAGCUAUACAGUAUGUACAAAGUACCAUUUUCGUACUAGUACCUAACUUCUUGCUACCACUCCUGCUUUGAUGGUGAUGAAGUUCUGAAAGAAAUCCUAAGAACAAUCCAGACAAAAUGGGUGAGGUAAAUAAAGAUGCUGUUGAAAAAUACUUGGAGAACAAUCCCCAGUUUGCCAAGGAGUAUUUCGACAGAAAAAUGAGGGCAGAAGUGCUGGGAAGUAUCUUUAAAGUGAGCCCUGGAGAUGUGAAGGAAGGAGUCAGCUUCAAAGACAUGUCCCGUCUGGAGGAGUGUAACAUACUUUUUGAGCUGCUAACAGAAAUCCAGGAUGAAGCAGGCACUAUGGAAAAGAUAGUGCACAAAGCCCUGCAAAGGUUGUCACAGCUGCUGGCAGCUGAUCGGUGUAGCAUGUUUAUUUGUCGUUCCCGAAAUGGUAUUCCAGAGGUAGCUACCAGGCUUCUCAAUGUCACUCCAACUUCCACCUUUGAGGAGAAUUUGGUGAAUCCAGACAAUGAAACUGUUUUUCCUUUGGACAUCGGGAUAGCGGGAUGGGUUGCUCAUACCAAGAAGUUUUUUAAUAUACCUGAUGUGAAAAAGAAUAACCAUUUUUCUGACUUUCUGGACAAAAAAACUGGUUAUACAACAACCAACAUGUUGGCAGUCCCAAUUACGCAGGGUAAAGAGGUGCUUGCUGUUGUGAUGGCUCUCAACAAAUUAAACGCCACUGAGUUCUCAAAAGAGGAUGAAGAGGUCUUUAAAAAAUACCUCAAUUUUAUAUCUUUGGUCCUAAGAAACCAUCAUACAUCAUACCUCUACAAUAUUGAAUCCAGAAGAAGUCAGAUGCUUUUGUGGUCUGCCAACAAAGUAUUUGAAGAGCUAACAGACAUAGAACGGCAGUUUCACAAAGCACUGUAUACUAUUCGAAUGUAUUUAAAUUGUGAAAGAUACUCUGUUGGUCUGCUGGACAUGACUAAAGAGAAGGAGUUCUAUGAUGAAUGGCCAAUUCGGCUGGGGGAGGCAGAACCUUACAAAGGCCCCAAGACACCUGAUGGAAGAGAAGUCAACUUUUAUAAGAUUAUUGACUAUAUUUUACAUGGAAAAGAAGAAAUCAAAGUUAUUCCGUCACCUCCAGCAGAUCACUGGUGUCUUAUCAGUGGAUUGCCAACAUAUGUUGCUGAAAAUGGAUUUAUUUGUAACAUGAUGAAUGCACCAGCAGAUGAAUAUUUCACAUUUCAGAAAGGACCUGUGGAUGAGACUGGAUGGGUUAUCAAAAAUGUCCUCUCGUUGCCUAUUGUCAACAAAAAAGAAGAAAUUGUGGGAGUUGCAACAUUUUACAACAGGAAAGACGGAAAACCUUUUGAUGAGUAUGAUGAACAGAUCAUUGAAACUCUUACACAAUUCCUGGGGUGGUCUGUUUUAAAUACUGACACUUAUGACAAAAUGAACAAGCUUGAAAACAGAAAAGACAUUGCUCAGGAAAUGCUUAUGUACCAGACAAAGGCGACUCCUUCUGAAGUUGAAUCUAUACUGAAAUACAAAGAGAAAUUAAAUGUAAAGAGUAUAGAAGAAUGCGAUGAAAAGGAUCUUAUCAGGAUUUUGAAGGAAGAAUUACCUGAUCCAAAAGACUUAGAACUAUAUGAAUUCCGCUUCAGUGACUUUCCCGUUACAGAGCACGGCCUGAUAACUUGUGGAAUACGACUGUUCUUUGAGAUAAAUGUUGUUGAAAAGUUCAAAGUCCCAGCAGAGGUCCUUACAAGAUGGAUGUACACAGUCCGGAAAGGCUAUCGAGAUAUCACUUACCACAACUGGCGGCAUGGAUUCAAUGUAGGACAAACAAUGUUUACUCUGCUGAUGACAGGCAGAAUAAAGAAAUACUAUACUGAUCUAGAAGCCUUUGCCAUGGUUGCCGCUGCUUUCUGCCAUGACAUUGAUCACAGAGGAACCAACAACUUGUACCAGAUGAAAUCAGCUGCUCCAUUGGCAAAACUUCAUGGCUCUUCCAUUUUAGAAAGACAUCACCUAGAGUACAGUAAAACCUUACUGCAAGAUGAGAGUUUAAACAUCUUCCAGAACCUAAAUAAGCGCCAGUUUGAAACCGUUCUACACUUAUUUGAAGUUGCAAUAAUAGCAACUGACUUGGCUUUGUAUUUCAAGAAGAGGACUAUGUUUCAAAAGAUUGUGGAUGCAAUUGAAAAAAUGGAAACAGAAGAGGAAGCAAUUAAAUAUAUAUCUAUUGACCCAACCAAAAAAGAAGUCAUCAUGGCUAUGAUGAUGACUGGAUGUGACUUGUCUGCCAUAACCAAGCCUUGGGAAGUGCAGAGUAAAGUUGCCCUCAUGGUUGCAAAUGAAUUCUGGGAGCAAGGAGACCUGGAACGAACUGUGCUACAGCAACAACCAAUUCCCAUGAUGGACAGAAACAAAGGAGAUGAACUACCUAAGCUCCAAGUUGGUUUCAUAGAUUUUGUAUGUACAUUUGUGUACAAGGAAUUCUCAAGAUUUCACAAAGAAAUUACACCUAUGUUCGAUGGUCUUCAAAACAACAGGGUCGAGUGGAAAACACGGGCUGAUGAAUAUGAAGAAAAGAUUAAAGUUAUUGAGGACCAAAAGAAAAAGGAAGAAGAAGAAGCUGCCAAAAAAGCUGAAAACGCAGCUCGAGGUGGUGGUGGAAGUGGAGAGGAUGGAAAAUCCAAAACAUGUAUAAUUUUGUAA